AUGUCUGCAGCUGAAGGUCGAGGGUUGCCUGGCGCUUUGCUAAACGGGGAAGACAGUGAAGGAAGUGAUGAGGCCCUCCGAAGUAAUACAGGCUUCAGAGGGUCGGAGGGGGAGGGGGGCUUACAUAGUCGGACAGUGUCGGAUGGGCUCCGACGCUUCCCGGACAAUUGCCGCGUCCGGCGCGAGUCCGGCGACUCGAGGCUUUGUGCUCUCAUUCAGCUCAGCUCUGAUCCGCUCGCAUUUAAUGCUUGCAAACUUGAAAGCGAAAAUGAUGUGCGAUGUGAGCACAGGAGCCGGUCCGUGUCGGCAGCCGAGCUCACACCGCCGUCACUCGCUCGCAAAGCCUCGUUCACUCUCGUCCGAAAGACUUACGACACACAAACUGUCGCCAUGUUUCACGUGCGACGUGUUGCCAACAAGCAGCGCCCGCGGAGACACACAGCCCAACUACGGAGCGCGGCCCUCCCAGAGUGUGGCAGCAAGACGUUCUCGCUAGACCUUGUUAAGCUCUCGCGACCAACUUACUUGGCACCGGCUAAUAUUGGAGUAAACUUGUCAUCGCUCGGAGCCAAACCUCUCUGA